UUUACUCCUUCUGCUGUGUAAAAGCUACAGUUCAGUACAGGAAAAUGUUUGAUAUUUUCUAGUAAAUAACAGGCUAAUUCUGUGGCUUUAGUACAUGUGUAGUUGCUGCUGAGGUUGGGUGUGCUCAAGAAUUGAACCUACACCAUCUUGGAUUUUUAAUACAGUAACAAGUGUUUUAUUUUUGACUUUUGUAUCUAAACGUUGUCAUGGUUCAGUUAACUAAGUGCAAGAAUUGACCCUAGCAUUCAAGAAUUACAAAUUAACAAAGAGCAAAUAUUCUGAUUAGUUUGACCGCUCAAACUUUUUUUAUAAAAUACUAAAAUGUUUUUAAUACUUUACAAUGUCAUAUGUAAUAGACAAAGCCUUUUCAAAACACUUCAAAAUGUACCACUUACUGAUAGUAAAUCAGUAUAACUCAGUUUUUAAAAGUUGCCAACAUAUGAUGGAGCUCAAAAAAAUGAUUUAGCUCUAUCCUGAAAGGGGAUAAAUUACUCCUGGCGGAACUAGUACUAGAUAAGUUGUGCUUUCAGUUGCCUCCCUUUCAAAUAUACAGCUUGUUUGUCAGCCGUAAUGCAGUUUUCUCCCAGAAAUGCUGUACUUCAAGCUCAGCACUGUUUUUCAUGGAAGGACAGACCUACUUCAAAAACUGGUUUAUAGCCAUUGAUUUAAUGGGUAAAGAAUAGUUUCUUUGCACUGAUUCUCAGAAAGAAAGGUUAAGAAGAGUAUCUUUGCACAAAUUCCCAGACAGUUGUCCUUUUACUUAAAAUAAUGAAAAGAUUUUGCUUUUGAGCCAAGUGUAUGCAGCCAGAAUUGCUUUCUGGAACUGGAUCUGAGAAGAAGUGGUAAGAAACUAGGACUAAAUGUAAAUGGAAUGUUUUUCUUUGCUAGAAAUCUGGGUUUGAGUCUAACAAUAUAUUGUCUGUAUUAUGUGAGUAUAAACCAGAUAGGCACUUUGCAUGUCACAGUAAUAGAAUUCUACCUCCCUUUCUUUUCUGUCACCCCAUUUUUUUGUGCGAAUUAUGUGCCUGAUAAAAAAUGGCAAAGUUUCCGAGAUGCAACCUACCUGAUAGGUCAACAGCUUUUUCAUACCAUCUCUACAAAAUUCUCUGUUCACAUUGUGCACAACAACAAUACCAGCAGAAUAAGAGAUUCUCAGUGCAAGGAGUCUGGAAGCUAGUGGGCAAGUCUGGAACCAAGGACUUGCUGCAGACUCUGGCAAUGCCUGUGGAUUUCAGUGGAACCUGGAACCUUACUAGCAAUGACAACUUCGAAGGUUACAUGCUGGCCUUAGGUAUUGACUUUGCAACACGCAAGAUAGCAAAAAUGCUGAAACCACAGAAGGUGAUCAAACAGGAUGGUGACUCAUUUUCUAUCCAUACCACAAGCCCAUUCAGAGAUUACUUGCUCCAUUUCAAAAUUGGAGAAGAGUUUGAAGAAGAUAAUAAAGGUUUGGAUAAUAGAAAAUGUAAGAGUCUAGUUACCUGGGACAAUGACAAACUUGUCUGUGUCCAGACUGGUGAAAAGAAGAACAGAGGCUGGACUCACUGGAUUGAAGGAGAUGACCUUCAUCUGGAGCUUCGUUGUGAGAAUCAAGUAUGUAAACAAAUCUACAAGAGAGCUUGAAUAUUUUAGUAGCGGUUCCUACAUGGAAAGACCACUGUACACAAGAGACCAUGGAUCAUCACUUCCAGCUAGGGAUACAUAUACAAAAAUUCUGAUUCCUUGUACCUGUUAACCCAAAUUGUCUAAUGUUUCUGGUUUGGGAAAUGUUGUCUGCUAUUGCUAGUGUUAAAAAUCUGAUUUUUGCUAAUAAACACUCAGAAAUAAAACAAUCUUAAGGGCUUGCUUUCUGAACAUGUAAGAAAAGAUAAAAGUGACACAGCUUGGGCCUCUCUAAAUCAAAAUAAGAAAAACCUUUUAUUCUGAAGAGAUAAGCCAACAUCGAACAAAAUCAGAGGGGAGAGCUUAAAAAAAAGUCUAUGUAACUAUACUCUGGGGAUGGAAGAGAAAUGAAGAUAUUUAGUGUUUGCUAUGAGCUACAUUCUGUCCAUCUGGAAAGAUUUUAUAUACAAUAAUUAUGUUAUUUGAUUAUUGAAGAUUAAGUACAGCCUUAACACAGCUCUGAAGGACAGUUUUUACCUGUGUAGUACACAGUGAUGGGUCCUGUACUACUACUUUAUUAUUAUUAUUAUCUUCCGUAUUUGUGCACAUAACACUUCAGUUCAUGACAGCUAAUGGGCAAAUGUUAAAAUAUGCAAUGUAUUAGAGCUCAGAUUGUGCUGUGAUUAGAAUAAACCAUAUAAAUCUCUUAUUUAAAGUGCCUCUGUAAGAUGCAGACUACUAGUUCAGGAAAAAUUAAUCCCUUUUUUUUUUUUUUUUUAAUCCUAAAUGUGUUAUGUAAAGUCCUAUAUUGCAACAUAGUUGCUCUAUUAUCAAAAUAAGUGAAAUUGAGCUUGCUGGAGGUAAACGAAUC